CACCUUACAACAGCAGCUUAGUCUCUACUCUGUCCAAGAGGUCGCCACCGCUUUUCAGCCGUAGCGAUCGGGAAAGGUGGUAUAUAAUAAAAUUUAUUCAGGCUUUUAGCAGUCACUUAAGUUCGAGAGAGUUUUCUGCUAACAUGGGGAUUAAAACGUUCCUAACUAAAUGCUUGGACAAAGAAGUGUUUUUGUCUUAUCCGGAAAUCCUGACGGAAGCCAUUUUGGUCCUGUGGUUCGCGUGCCAAGUUUGUUUGAAAUUUGGACUGCGAGUUCUGCCUGAAUGGCACACCAGUCGCACAGAUCCUGACGCUUACAAUUCGUUCGAUUACCUGCUCGAGCUGUUUGGACAUAAGGUUAACGCCUGCUUCUGGGAUGACGUCAUGUCGGGUUGGAUGCCACCGCAUCCGCUCACCGUUAACCAUUCGGUUUCUGACAAUCUGGAUGUGACCCAUCCACCUGCAUCGAACAUUACCCUCGGUUACGUAAUUGCCCUUGUGACCGUCAUCCUUACGGCCGUCUUAAGUGUUUCGUUGUUAUUCCUGGUAUUGGUCAACCGCCACCGGCCGAGCUCCGUGCUGAAGGACCAUCUGCGGAUAUGCCAUGAAUGGGCCGAGUUUUUGCAAGACUACAGUCGUGUGCUCGGCAAAAUUGGUCUGCAGGCUUGCAUGACGAACCUGCUGUUUGCGGUGUCGGGUGCCGUCAUCUUCGUUAUUUGUUACGUGGGCUGGAUUAUCUACAGCGCAGUGCCGGUGGUGCUGGUGGCAGGAUUGGCUGUUGCAUUGCCAAUUGCUGUAUGUGGCCCAACUGCGGUGUUCCCUUGUUGUAUCUUCUUUGCUAACAUAUCGACCGUGUAUUGCGCCGGCAGAAUUUGGGGAUUGUGGAUGAAUCAGACCUGUUUUGCGCUGAUUAAAAAAGGAAUUAGGAAAUUAAACACCGCAAACCAUCCCGCGAAACUUUCAUCGAUCGCUCCGUUAGUUAAAAAGGCAUUCGCGAGACCAGACGAGUAUCAACGACAAAGAUACUGGGAAAAAGUUGCUCGCAGUUUCUUGGCCUUUUGGCUUGGAUGCGUUGCCGUGUACCACAACGUCUGGCCAUUGUAUGAGCGAUUUCCCACCGUCGUUCAAUCGCGAUACCGAGGCGCCAACUGGACAUACUGGCAUUUAGUCAAUAGCACGGGAACUUGCUCCAAAUAUGGAACACACUUCGAUCAAGAGACCGCGAUGCUGUCAUACUGGGUGGAUCUCCAGUCUGAGGAACUGCUCGCAUUUAUUUACUACAACGUCUCCACUGCGGAGCUACUGUUCAGCUUCACCCCGCCCUUUUCACCGGCCGUCGGCUGGACGUUUAUGGUGUGGUGUAGAGUGCUGUCUGGUGCUAGUGGCACACCACUAAACGUCUUGGAAUCGACGGCAAUAAUCGUCAUUGGCACCAUCGACUUGGUCCUUCUUGGAGCGCUCGUAUACCUCGUCAUCCGGGCCUGCUAUAAUAAGUGGCGUCAGCAUGUCGUUGCCCAACGAAAACUAAAAGCCACCGACAGAGAUAAUUCGUCGCAACCGUUAACUGUGAAUCUUGCGGCCGCGGAAGCCGGUAUACCGGGCAGUGCGCAAUCCGCUCGCUUGCUUGUGCCGUCUAACAAGGCGAUGGAUAGUUUUACGCGAUCCGAUAAUCCGCAAGAGCCCGUCAUUGCCGAUCACAAACUCCCGGAAGGGAAAUCCGAACAUGGUGCACGCGGGUCCAUUGUAUCUAAGGCCCUUAAGCCAGAAGGAGACAGGACAAGUUGCUUCUGUAUUUGUGUGGUGAUCGAAAACUUUUGGUUACUCGUACUGGUCGCUCACUGCUCGUCAAUCUGCCUGGUGCUCCCGUUUUCCCUGGUGGGACUGUUCCUGCCAGAACGCCUGCAGCUGCCCGGUUUUCUGCUGCUGCUGACCAUGUUCACUGUUUGGAUGUACCACCUGCUGGUGAAAUCAGCGUGGCACGCGUGUUGCUACAUGCGAUCCAUUAAAACGGAGCACAAAGGCGGCUGCAUUGGUGGUGUAAACAGCUUGGCGACGACCGAGUCCAAGCAUCCACUGUUAUCGCCCCCCAUGGAAUGAACCGGUAGUUCUUCGUCAUAAAAAUGGAUUUUCGGAUUCCCUUCUAUACUUCCGCAUAACACUGCGAUUGUGCCAAAUGCUUGAUUCCGCUCACCGGAAACCUGGAGCCCAUUGUCUGCCGCUUUUGCCCCGCCGACGAGCUUUCAUCUCCAUGAUUUCCCCGCGUGACAAAAACCGUCGCUGCUUUCACAUCCGAUUCCAUUAUACGCCAAUUGCAUGGUCUCUCCUUGUGAGGGAGUUUAACCGGCCUGCUAGUACGAAUUAAGAGAGGCCUGUUUAGUUCUGAUGGAAUUUACCCAUUACACGAUUACAUUAUAUUUUAUUACAUAAGUAAUUGUAACACCGAAUCUGCCACAUUUUAGCGAGUUCCAUAUAGAUUACGCACAGAAGAUUGGUAUGACUGUUUUUCGUGCAUUAUUGAUUCCGAUACGAAACAUAUUAUGAGAUGCGUCAUGGUAUUUCCACACAAUUUUCAUUGCACGGGCUUUCGUUGAUUGUUAUUAUCCAAUAACAUUUUCGCGUACGGUGUUUGCGACAAAUUCUCUGUCCGGCAAUCUGUCUUGUUUAUCACGCACGCAAAAUGUAGAACAGUAUUGUACAGAGCAGCGGUUAAUUGUUUGUCCUAUCAACC